AUGGCUUCCACACAGGUGCUCCUGCUUCAGCUGCUGCUGGUCUCACUGGCGGCUGCGUCUCAUUUCUACGGGGGAACCACGACCUUCACCUACAAAGGAAGAAACCCUGAUGGAACAUUUAAGGUGGACAUUCGCAACAGAGACACUUACGAUGGCUGUCAGUACUUCCUCUACUGGAACUGUUACAGUGGUUACUGUGGCAGCAAUAACUGCCCACGGUCAUACAGGCUGAUGUCCUUUGAUCCUGAUGGUGACCAAGUUAGAUGCAGAUAUGGUACUGGAAGUACAGAGUGCUGGGCGUGCAGCCAACAUUCAGGCUUCCACUUAGAUCAGGACUCCUGCACAUUACACUACCGCUCCACCCAAGCCCACGCCUAUGUUUAUGCAUUUGAGUUGAUGGUGGAAGACUUCCCACGACGCCCCAUCACACUGACCUACACAGACGGUUCCAGUUCCUCCAGGUCUCCACUGACUUCAAGGAGAAAGAGACAAGCCUGGUGGAGCUACACAACCUAUGGCCCCACAGCACCAGCCACAACCCAACACCCGUGGUGGUGGCGGCAGCAAUCUACAACCACAACACCAACCCCAACCUCACACCCAUGGUGGUGGUGGCAGCAUUCUACACCUGCUGCACCAACCACAGCCUACCCAUCAUACACUACAACAACAAGACGCCCAUAUGCCUCCACUCCUCCUCUCAGCAAACUACCUUUACAAUUCUCUUUCCUUGUGGACCCACCUGCUCCCUCAUGUCAGGAAGGAGAGUACCUGCCAAUGUUUAUCAAUCCAACACCCCAACAUGGACAACGCAUCCAUGCAGAGGUCAACAAAGAAGUGGAGAUCAGAGUGAAAGCAUAUGCUAGAUACUCAACACUACAUGACAUCAUCAUUAGUGGGCGGACAAACACCACUAAGCACAGGAACACACAUGACGAGUAUGUUAUUAGGUGGACACCUGUUCCAGAGGACUUGGGAGAUUAUUUUCCCAUUUGCUUUGCUGUUGAAUCAUUCACAGGGUCCGGCAUCUAUCAGUCUGAGAUGAGGUGUGUUGUGGUGCACGUUAUGAAGGAGGAAGUUAAAACCAACGUGAUCUGUGGUGAGUCCACAAUGACAGUUGAGGUUGAGAGAUCCUCACUGUCUGGAUUCCAUGAGGAUCGUCUACAGCUCAGUGAUCCUGCCAACACAGCCUGCAGCCUCAAUAACCACUCAAACAGCACACACGUCAUCGCUGUCAUCCCCCUCAACGCCUGCGGCACUCAGCUCGAGGAGGAUGAUGAGAACCUCAUUUUCAAGAAUGAAAUCACCACAGUUGACGACCACAGAGACCUGAUCACCAGGAAACACCUGCUGGAAGUGGAGUUCUACUGCCAGUACCCCAAACGGGGAAAUGUGACACUGGGCUUCACUGCACACAGGAAGAAUGUCACAGUGUGGGAGAAGGGCUUCGGCACAUUCACCUACCAGUUUGAGUUCUACCAAAACAAUCAAUUCCAGACAAGGAUGGAUCCAAACUCAUACCCUCUGGAGUAUGAUGUAGGGAGCAGGAUCUACAUGGAGAUCGAGGCCUCCUCUUCAGUCAACAACACUGAGCUGUUUGUAGAGUCCUGCUGGGCUGCACCAUAUGACAACCCAAACUACUGGCCAACCUACCCCAUCAUUGAGAAUGGGUGUCAAGUGGACGAGACUGUUAAACUCCAUACUGCUGACAAUCCGAGACAAUUCAAGUUCUGCAUGGAGGCCUUCAAGUUCAUUGGACUGCAUGACCAGGUAUUCAUCAGCUGCUCAGUCAUGAUGUGUGAAGCAGGGAACCCCAACACCAGGUGCUCACGGGGAUGUAUGAACUCCACACGGUCAGGCAGUCAACACCAUCACCAUCGCAAGAGAGAGGCUAUCAUCCAGAGUGCAAACCACUUUGUUUCCCAGGGUCCACUACGCCUCAGGAGAUCAGCAGAGGGUCUUACCAACCUGAACCUGAACCUGAACCUGGUCUUCAUCGCUGGAUGUCUUCUAGCAGCAGUUGGCAUGAUCUGUGCUGUGGUCAUGUACAAAGCCAAAACAUCAAAGGUCAAAUACCAACCUUUGCCCGUAAAUGAAGACUAG